UCCCACACGCUCAGCAUCAAGCCCUCCUCCUUCUCCUCCUUCCUGCUCGCUCGGGCCAGUUACAAGUUACUCCUCUCUCUCUCUCGCACGCUCUCCCGUGCUUCGUGGCGGGCCCCGUCACAGGUAAAGAGCGAAGAGGGAGAAAGGGACGAGAAGGCAAGAAGGAUGCCACGUGCUUUUCUCGUGAAACAGCCGUGCCAGAGGAAGCCCGCCCGAGACUGGAGCAGCCUCCCCGACCAAGAGCGGGCCGAGUCGUACGUGCCUGUUGGGUACAGCGCGUCGAGUGGCAGCGAUGAGGAGGGCUCUCUGUGCCCCGCGUCUCCGUCGGCCACGUCCAGCGGGGAGCGCUCGACGCCGCCGCCGCCGCCGUGCGGCGAGGAGGCCACGGCGAGCCCGGCCGCGGUGAGCCCGGCCACGGCGAGGCCUGCACUUGGCGGGGAGCGGGUCGGUGGCACCGGCGGCGAUGGUGGGGCCCGGGAUCCGCACUACGUGCGAUCGCGCAUCAAGAUCACGAGCGGGGCCAAACCGUCGGGCUUCACGUGCAGCGUGUGCAGCAAGGCGCUGCAGUCCCAGCGCAUGCUGACGCGCCACAUGAAGUGCCACAGCGACUUCCGCAAGCACAGCUGCCGCUUCUGCGGCAAGGGCUUCAACGACACCUUCGACCUCAAGCGCCACAUCCGGACGCACACCGGCGUGCGGCCCUACCGGUGCGAGCUGUGCGACAAGGCGUUCACGCAGCGCUGCUCGCUCGAGUCGCACCUGCGCAAGAUCCACGGCAAGGAGCAGGAGUACGCGUACAAGGAGCGGCGUGCCAAGCUCUACGUGUGCGAGGACUGCGGACACACGGCCGAGGACGCCGAGGCGCUGCAGAGCCACGCGGAGAGCGAGCACCCCGACAGCCAGGCCACGGCGCAGAAGCCGGCGCCCCCCGGGGCUCAGGGAGGGGCCAGGUCCCAGGGGGGAGCCACGGCGGGCGGCGGAGGCAGCGACGGAGGGAGCAGCGGUCGCAGCAGCAAAGAGUCGUCAUCGCCGUCUUCGUCGUCAAAUUCGUCGUCGUCGUCGCCGUAGCUGUCGCCGUCGCGCGGUUUCAAGGGCGUCCAGCGUGGGUGGUGCGGGCGGAGGGGUCGUGCCGAGAGGGGCCCGCGCGCCUGCCGUCUGGUCGAUUAUAAAGCCAUGCACGGAAAGUGCUCCCUACUGUGGAGGGUACCCCAGGGUUACUCGUAGACACGGGGAAUGAAUGACAGAUUUACCAGAUCGCGCGAAAUGCGGUGGCGUGCCUGCGAAAUGUUUAACUUCUGAAGAGUGCAUUUUUUUUGUUGCUAGCGUUUUGAUGGAUCAUCCAUCGCCUUUUUUAUUAUUUCAUUGCAUUUUGUCCGAAUAGCCCUUAGCUGCUGAAGCCUUAAAGCCCAAGAUGGACUCUGCCACAUUUUGUUUAUGAAGGGCAGUCAUAAAUUUCGAUGUAAAGCUUUCGUGACUGCAGGGAUUCAUCUUCUUGGUUCUUUCGGUAAAGUCACGUAGAAGGGAAGUAAUAAAAUAAUAAAAAUAAAACAUAAUAAAAUAAUUC